GGAGGCGAAGAAGAAGAGACCCGAAGAGGGAAAUCGCGGUGAGCUCGCGCUCCAUGACGCCGCAUCAACAAAUAAAGCAGGCGAGGCCCGAUCGAUCUCCGCGAUCAGUGUAACGAAAAAAUUGCGCCGAAAACGCAGAAACUCCGACCGCCCGCCUCCGGAUGAGAUCUUCUCUGACAUCUCGGCGGAUCGUUGGAAGCAGGUACGAUGAAUUAUAUUGGAGGUUCAUCACUUGCUCUUUUGCGUAUGCUCCCAGAAAUCUUUGCCUUUCCGUGGGAAGGUCCUGCGAUUGAUUAGUCUUCGUGCUCCAAUGCACGCAUGGUGUUCGAGAUAAAGCGCGUCGCGAAAUGGGUAAUCCUCGACAAGGUUCUGUUCGUGUAAGGUGGGCAACAGCAUUGAUGUCACUCCUUGCAUGGGUUACCUCUCCGACACAGAUUUUUAGGGCAUGUCAAGAACAGGAACAGGAUAAUUACAACGUGAUUGACGGAGAAAAAGAAGCAAAACCAGUAACGUAUUCCCCGUCGCCGCAUGCGCCUCCUCGUGUAUCGUCGUCAUGCAUGACAUCUCCCUAUGACGACUCACCACGUCUGCGGGAGAGAGAGAGAGAGAGAGAGAGAGAAGGAGAGGAACAACUGCUGCUGCUGGGGUCAUCUCCUCCAUGUUUCACGUUCGCUUCUUACAGUUGACCGAAACUACUGCUGCUGCUGGGGUCAUUUCCUCCAUGUUUCACGUUCACUUCCUACGGUAGACCAAAAGUGGCGCUCUUCGUUUCCGAAACGCAGCAUCAGCCUGCAUGUCUCGCUGCGAUCCGCAACGGAGGACUGAGCUUGCUGUAGUUUCUGAGGAGACAUGGAAGUGGCACAGGAAUGGCCCGAGCCCAUUGUCCGGGUGCAGAGCUUGGCUGAUGCCGAAGCCAUCCCCGAGAGGUACAUCAAGCCACCGUCCGAGCGUCCCAAUCUGAAUCCCGGCACGGCCAUGGCGGCAGGUGAGACAGAAUGCCUUCCCGUCGUAGACCUCGGCGGGCUUAGAGGUGGCGCGGCGGAGAGGCAGGCGACGAUGCGCGCCGUGUCGGAUGCGUGCAGGGAGUGGGGUUUCUUCCAGGCGGUGAACCACGGGGUGAGCCCAGCGCUGACGGCGGCGGUCAGGGAGGCGUGGAGGCAGUUCUUCCAUCUUCCCAUGGCGGAGAAGCAGGCGUAUGCCAAUUCCCCCACCUCGUUCGAGGGCUACGGCAGCCGCCUCGGGGUCAAGAAGGGCGCCAUUCUUGACUGGGGCGACUACUUCUUCCUUCAGCUGUUACCGCAGUCCAUCAAGAACUACGACAAAUGGCCAACACUUCCUGCUUCCUUGAGGGAGACGACUGAGGCCUACGGCGACGAACUGGUGAAGUUGUGCGGGGUGAUAAAGGAGGUGCUGUCGUUAACCCUAGGAAUGGACGAAGGGUUCCUUCACAGAGGAUUCGGGGAGCCUGGCGCUUGCAUGAGGGUGAACUUCUAUCCCAAGUGCCCGCAGCCGGAGCUCACCCUCGGCCUCUCUCCCCACUCCGACCCCGGUGGGAUGACCGUGCUGCUCACCGACGAGCACGUCAAGGGGCUGCAGGUGCGCAAGGCCGACGACUGGAUCACGGUGCAGCCGAUCCCUGAUGCUCUCAUCGUCAACAUCGGCGACCAAAUCCAGGUGUUGACGAAUGCCACCUACAAGAGCGUCGAGCACCGAGUGACGGUGAACGCGACAACGGAGCGGCUCUCCCUUGCCUUCUUCUACAACCCCGACGACGACCUGCCCAUCGAGCCCGCCGCCGAGCUGGUGACGCCUACCUCGCCGCCGGUGUACAAGCCGAUGACGUUCAAGGAGUACAAGAUGUACAUGAGGAUGUUGGGCCCCUGUGGCAAGUCGCACGUAGAUCUCCACAAGGCUGCAUGA